CUAUUAUCAGUCUCCAUACAUUCUUCGCCUGUUGAGUAUUAUGCAUGUUGUUUACUUCCUUUUCACAUGGAGACAUUUCAUACUCACGAUUCUGCAUUCGUGGAAAGGUUGGACAAAGGAAUUGUAUAAAUUGAACUGGAGGUAUUGUGAGUAAUGUAGAAUGGAUUUUCCAAAGAUCCUUCACUUUGAUUCUCCAGACGUGGUCCGUGCCCUGCAGUCCAUACAAGAUAUAUAUCCAAAACCAUCCGAUCUCUCCUUUACAUUUCAAUUUCUCGAGGCUUUAGAUAUCGACGAAUUCAAAAGAAAACUGUUAUCAAUGCAGACGCAAGUUAUAUUAGUUGAGCCAGAUUCCCUCUGUGACGAUCAGCGUAGCGAUUGCCGAUUGUGUGUAUACCGAGUUCAAACUGGUGCUUCCAAAGGCAGGACACUGAAAGGGGAGAUUAUUUCCUAUGAGAAAUUUAUCAAUUGCACUCAUUUGCCGAGAGUAAUUUGGGUAUCCAGUGAUUCAGCGAGUGUGAUUGAUUCCAAGCUGUCCGUCUACAAAGAAAACAAAAACCUCUUCGAAAAUAACAACAUAAGGAUCCACCAUGAAUUAGAUCCGGACGAAGUAUUUGGACUUUACGGUGCAAAAUACACCAUAGAUACCUAUACGAAACAACUUGAAGCAUUCAUGAAAAGUAUCCCUAUGCCUGAAAUUCGGGGUAUGGUGGAGGAAGCUGCAGAUAUUGUAUUCUCAGAAGCUGAGAUAGAAAGAAGAUGUCAGAAUAUUGAAAUCAUUAGUCAGGGAAACAACAUAGGAUCGGUGCGAGACGGAAGUUACCCUUGUCGUGCACCGUGGACAAUUCGGCGAAUAAAAAAGCAAUUGAUGUCGGACACUGCAGACGUUGUUACUCAGGACUUCAGGGAUGAAGUAACAAGCAGAAUAGUGGCACACAUACAAAAGACACUUGACGUUGAAAUAUCGAGUGAGAUGGCUAAAUAUAACAUGUUGAAAAAUGUAAAAUUUGUCGCGAGGACAGCUGGAAUUAUAGCGGUAGGUGCAGCUGUACAAUUCGUAGUUGCGCAGUUUCUUAACCCCAUCCUGGGUGCCAUUGUAAGUGUCGUCAUGGUAGUUGGUUUCGCUGGUAGCACUGUAAUGACAGCGGUACUAUCCAUUGAUGUCAAUUCAAGAGAAUGGAGAAAUACUGUAGCAGAGGAAAUAUGUAAAGCUUUAGUUCCAAGGAAGGCGGAGAUAGUCGCGAAUGUUGUCAAAGAAAUGGAAAAAAUUUGCAAGAAUACUAUAAAAGAAUUGAGUACAAUUUGUGAAAAAUUAACUGGUGCAAGCAGUAGACUUCCACUUGUUGAGCAGAAAAACUUAAUCGAAGAGUGGAUGUUGCGAGAUUUUCGGAUCCAAAAUAUUGGGAGCUGUUCAUCUAUUCUUCAUUUCAUAACAGGAAGAAAGAAUGGUAGAGCUAUGAUGAAAGUGUUCUUACAGAACAAUGAUGAAGAAUCAGUAAGUUUUUGUGAGAAGAAUGCCGUCAAUGUACCAUGGGAUGCCGGUUAUGAAUUUGUGGACGUGAGCUUGAAGUCAGAUUCCGAAAAAGUUAUUGCCAUUAGGGAAGAAGAACGGAAAGCAAGUCCAUUAAGCAGCAUUUUACGGAAAAAGAUACACAAAACUAUCAAAGAGAAUAGAGAUCUAAUUUUCGCCAAAUAUUCCAAUGUUUCUGCGAUCAGUGCGAGUCCUGUGAAAUAUCAUGGCGACUGCGUCAUCCAUGAGCCAUGUAUAGCUUUAUAUUGCUUUGAUGUUAACUUGAUUCCCUUCGGAGAGGAAGAUCUCCCGGAAUCUAUCGGGGAUGUUCCAUGCGACAUUCGUGAGGACUUCAUUCAAUUUGGAAGGUGUGAAAAUUGUCACACUUUGAACCAUGGAUGCAGUGUGGGAAAGUAUAACGAAGUGUCUUCGGGAUCUUUAGGAUUUUUUGUCAGAAGAAAGGGAACGCCCCCUUGUAACGGAUUCCUAACUGCCGCCCACGUCGCCUUAACGGACGAUGUUAUUGCAUCAUUGAACGAAACAAAACUUUCCGAUUGUUGUUUCCAGAGGGGAAAUUAUAGAAUUGUACAUCCCUCUUUCCAAGACAGUACCUCCAACAACGUCAUUGGAAAAGUUGAAGAUUCAUUUUUCGGAAAUCACAGAUCCAUUGGAAUAGAUGCAGCUUUCGUACGAACAGAUGAAAUGCAACCUAAAGAAGAAAUGUACGAAACUUCGUCUUCUUUUGAUGUUGAUUCUGAUGAGGAAUAUGAGGUGGUCAAAAACGGAAGAACAACUGGAGAUACAACAGGGGAUUUGAAAUGCUGUUUCUUUUCCAUUCGUAAACCUUUCCCAGAGCGUGGCGGAAUCUAUCUUAAGUUGGAUAAUUGCUACACAAUUUACAAUAGAGACUCGCAACCUUUCUUUUUACCCGGCGAUUCCGGUGCCGCGGUGUUCGUUGUCGAUAAAAAAGAUAGCUCACGACAACCCCUGGCUCUUGCGUUUGGUAAAAUGACAAGUUAUGGAAUAACGUUUGCAAGUCCCAUACAAAAUAUUUUGGAGGUUUUAAACCUGUCCAUCAUACAACCAGCUCAACCUAUGGAUAUGCCAUGAAAUCUUGUGUAAGCUUAUUACUAUCCACGAACACUACAUAAAACACUCCUUGGUUUUAUUUGCUCCUCGUAUAAUUCAAGUGAAUGAUGUUGCAGACUAAAAAUAACAAUUAAUAUAUUGUAUACCGAGAAUUGUUAAGUUUUUCAUGUUAUUAUUCUUGGACUCAGAGAAUCGAGUCGAGACAAAGUACCUUAGUUUAGGACAUACAUGUACGCGAUAUUUCUCAAUAACUUGUUCGUGAAAUUUCAAAUACCAUUCAUUUGCUACAUAAAUAUGUCGACCGGUCAAAACGUACUCCAUCUUACCUGUCAAAUCAUUUUACAGUAAAACACGGUUACAGCGUAAACGCUUGUAAUAACUCCAUGCUUACAGUGAAGUAUUUUUUCACUCCUACACAUUAUAAACUUGCUCGAUAUAACGAAUUACGUUUAUAACGAAUCAAAAUUGUUCGUACCCAGCACUUCGUUUCAAGCUAGUUUUACUGCAUAUCUAAACUUGUAUGGCUUUCCAUAGUGCAUGUACACAAUGCUGUUAUCUGCAUAAUGUGUAGAAAUCAUGUGUCAAUAUUUAAUUAUUGUGAUAUUUUGUACAAUUUUUAUUUAUCAUUACACUGUGAUAUUGCCAUCUGAAUAAAAUGAAAAAAGUAGUAACUUUUAAAUUCUUUAAGGCCAGAUGAUAUAAACAAAUUUUUCUACCUUUAGCACUGAAGAGUUCCCAUGGUAAAAAAAUACUUUGGUUGGUUUUGGUUUUCUCAUUUAUAGUUGUUUGGAACUCUUCUGUGUUUUAAGAGCAGGAAAGGGGGUCAGUAAACAAUGUAAACAAUUGUGAUGCCAGAAUCAUUCAGGAAAAAAUCAGGAAAAAUUAUUAGUAAAAAACGUCAUCAAAGGUUACAGAAUGCUAAGAAAGGUUAUGCAUUAUCCCUUGGACGUAAGAUAGUGAAUGUUGAUGCCAAUAACAACGUGGUGAUCGAGGAGAAGUUGGAUGAAUCAAGAAAAAAUUGUUCGUCUGGUGAUAAUUCACAAGAAUGCCUAGGAAAUGAAGAAACGUAUCCAUCUGAUGCAUCAGAGAGUGAGGAAUCGGUAGAAGAGCAUGAGAAGAUGAUUUGUUGGAGACGAGUUGUGGAACUUGGAAUUCUAGUGGAGAAUUUGGAAAAAGGUUGUGCUGCGUGUGGUAGACCACAAGAUUUAACAACGCAUAAGACAUUGUGAGGACGAAAAACGGUAUGGACUUGGAUCAUUGCUAUAUAUAAGAUGUCAGCAGGAAGCAUGCAGUUAUCUUUCUCCUGUUUCUACUGGGAAACGUGACAUAAUGCAGAAAUUAAUGUAAAAUGGCACAUCAAAGAGAUCCUGUAUUAGGCAUUUCUUUAUUUUUUUUUCAGAGAUGAAUAGCAAAGGAAAACCAAGAGUGACAAAAAAAAACCCCAAAAACAAACAGUAAAAUCAUAAAUGCCAUUGUAAAUUAUUUUCAGAAGUUGUAAAAUUUUACUCUUAUAUUAUGGGAGAUAACUCUUCUUUGUCUUGAGAAAAUCAGCCAAUGUGAUAUUUACAAUUUUGCUUCUACUCAGAAAAUUCACCCCGUAUGGUAUAUGAUUUUUAAGUUUAUAUUACACUUUAAACAUUAAGUCAACAUAUUAUGAAGUUUAUUUUAAUUUGUAAACCUUUACUGAGGGUGCAAUGUCCAUAUAUGUAAUUUUAUUGAAGCAGCAAUUGAUAUUUUCCAAGUGUAAAAUUUGUAAUGCAUUAAUAUUUUACAUGUUAUGUUGUAAAUCUAAUAUCAGUACACUCUGUUCUCCCUGACAACCAUUUUUUGAGGUAUAAAAAAGGUAAACAGAUGAAGAAUAAACUAAUUUACCAUGAUAA